AUUUGUGAUAUAAAUUCCAAAGUGGAUACAUCCAUUUUGAUAAGGUCUUAAAAGUUUGGCUGAGGAACAGAUUUAAGUAUAUCUAAAUCUCUGGACAGUGUUUUUAUUAUAGUUUUUUUUUAAAUAUAUUUUCUUUACAAUUGAAAACAUUACAAGUUUUAUUUAAAUCAUCAUGCAUGAAAUUUAGAUUAUUACUUUUUUUAUUAUUAUCAUUAUGGAUUCAUAGUAUUUAAUGUGUAAUAAUUACAUUUUGUGCUUCUAUAAACUUUUGUUUAUUCAUAAAAGAUGAUUUGUCAUCCUUAAAGUAUACAUUUUACAAAUAAUUUUAUAAAUUAAAAUAUAAAUUUUAUUUUAUUUUAUUUAAUUUUUCAAAAUACUUAUCUACUUUUUAUUAAUAUGCCUGAAAGUAUUAAGUGUGAACAUUGUGAAAAAUCCUUUGUUAACCACCGACAUUAUGAACUUCAUGUUAAUGGACACAAAAGAAACAGCUGUCAAAUAUGUGGCUUACCUUGCAAUAGCCGUAAGAUUCUUACAACACACAUGUUAACAAUUCAUGAAUCAAAGUUGAAUCCUGAAUUAUUAAAAUGUGAACUCUGUUCUAAAACAUUUGUUCAGAAACGUUCAUUGCACUCUCAUUACAAGUCUAUUCACAAAGAUGUUGACCGUAUUUGCUUAGAUUGUGGACAAAUUUUUAGUAACAAGAUAAAACUUACAGAGCACAUGUCCAAAAUAAAACAUGGAGCUAGUUUAAUUUGUCAUAAAUGUGGAGAAUCAUUUAGUCGUAACCAACAGUAUAAAUUACAUUUAAAAAGACAUGACACUUACAAAUGUUUUAACUGUAAUGUUUUCUUUGCUAAUUCCAAAAAAUUAGACAAGCAUUUGCAACAAUGUAUUACAUUAACUAGUGUUCGAUCGAAACCGAUGAAUCAUAUUAAAAACAAAAUCAAUAAUAAAGUUAUUAUUUAUGAAUGCAUUGUAUGUAAAGAAACUUUUGAAAAAAAAAAACAUUAUAGGCGACACAUGAAAACGGCUACUCAUACUUCAGAUAAUGUUGAAACUGAUACAUUUUAUUGUGCUCACUGUCCAAAAGUGUUUUAUUAUAAAUUUAAAUUGUCAAAUCACUUAAAACAAGUACAUUUUAAGCAAUAUAAUAAUUACACUUGCAACUUAUGUGGCAAACAUUUUCUCUACAGAAAUAAUUACAAAAGACAUAAAGACUCUCAUUUAGAAAUUCGUAAUUAUGUAUGUGAAUACUGUGGUGCUUGUUUUUAUCAAAAGUGUGCUUUAAUAGACCAUCAAACAGCCAUUCAUAAUGAAGAAAAAAAUUUUGUAUGUAAUGAAUGUGGUAAAAAUUUUAAACUAAGAUCAAUUUUAACCAGGCAUAUGAAAAAUCACUCUGAAACAAAAAUAUUAGAAUGUCAUUGUAAAAAAGUGUUCAAAUUUACAAGUAAUUUACGUCGUCAUCAAGUUAAUGUGCACAAUCAAAUAAAUUAUAACCCAAGUAAAAUAAAACGAUUUGUACAAGAUGAUAGUCGUUCAUCACCAUUAAUGGUUAAGCAAGAAAAGAAAAAGUUGGCUAAUUUUAAACAUUCAAAUUAUAGCAAUUUUAUGAUAGGUGAUACUGACCAAUAUUCAAUAAUGGAAUACUCUGAUAACUUAGACUUAAGUAAUGUAGAAAUUGCAGAAAAAGUCUUACAAGUUGCUUCAUCUACAGAUUAUAAAAUUGAAUGUGAAGAAAACUCUUGUUUUCCUGGAAUUCAUCCCCCCAUUGAAACUUCUUUAGUGUGUAGUUUAAACGACGGUACAGAUUUAUCACCUAAUUCUUCACAACAAUAUGUCUUAUCUGACUAUGUAGUUCCUCAUCAAUUUCCAUUUCUCAACAUUUAAGACAUAUUUACUUACUACUUAAUAUAUAUAUUUUUUUUGUGUGUGUAUAUUACUUUUCUUCUUAUACAUAUAUUACUGUUUUUUUGUGUUAUAUUAAGUACUAUCUUGAUAAGACUUAAUAAUUAUUAAA